AUGGAAGACGGUACAAGCAACGAUGGCAAUCAUUUGCCCGAAUCACACCCUGAUACGACUACAACCUCGAGCACUCCUACCAUUCCCACGCCCUGUGGUAUAGGAAAAAUAUCAAUCGAGAACAUAGCUCUGCCCGAAUCAAUCAUCAUCUACUUGAACCAGGAUUCCAGCACCUUACAGAUUAUGGGGAUGCUGGACAGGCUGGGCGCUCCAGCAAAACUACCAGUCAUCCACCGUGCAGCAAGUCGACUUGAAGCUCUAGCUGCGGUGUGCAACUCGAACUUUGCAGCUAGAAUACUACUGCAAUCAACCAAUGGACCGAUUUCGGAUAUAGAUGCCGUAGCUCUGUGGGCACAAACCAUGCCUGAGCUACCGCAGCCAUCCGAAUAUUGGGAUGUCGUGUUAGCCUUCCUCUUGUCGAAAGAGGAUUGCAUGGCGCUGCGGGACGCACUUCGAUUCGCAGCAGGCUUACAGGCAUUCAAUGAAUCACUCCAGGAGCUAGAAGAUGGACUGGAAAAAAGGCUCUUCAUGCAGCUGGCGGAUAAAUGGUCCGCGAUGAUUUCAGAGGAAGACAGCAUAGAAGACACGGAGGAUGAUAUUGAAGACGACGUGGGGUAA